CCGCCCCCGGCCCGCCCCGCCGUCCGUCCCGCCGCGCUCGGGCCCGGGGCAGCGGGACCGGGACCGGGACCGGGCCGGGCCAUGGCCCCGCACCCGCCCAGCGCCGGGCAGUACCUGCGCUCCGACAGCGGCGCCUCCGACACGCCGAUGCUGGCCGAGGGUCCCGCUGCCGGGCCCGCUCCCGGUGACUGUCCCGGUGCCGGUGCCGGUCCGGACGGCGGCCCCGGUGCGGCGCGGGGGCAGCGGCGGCGGCGGUGCGGACCGCUGUGGGGCAGCGUGGCCGUCAUGGCUAUCCUGGCGCUGCAGAUCGCCUCCACCACCGGCCUCUUCGUCUACUUCACCAUGGCCAUCUCUAAGCUGAAAUCCCAGGCUCCGGGCAGCGCAGAGGAGCUGCGGUGUCUGCAGGCGCUCAACCAGCAGCUCGAGGGUUCCAGCCUGGAGAAGCUGAGCAGCAGCCAGGGCUGCCUCAAGCUGGCCAGCACCAUCAAAGCCUAUGUGGCCACGGUGACCGAGAACAUCAUCCGCAGGAGCGUGGUGAAGGAGGCCUGGCGGAGCUACUUCAACACCUCAGAGGGGCAACUUCCUCCCAAAAUAGCUGGGAAACCCUCAGCACAUCUCACCCUCCGCCCACAGAGCCUGGCUCAGGAUGGACGCUCCCAGCGCUCCGGGAACCUGUCGCAGUCGUGCCGCCACGCCAUCACGCACUGGGGGCACAGCAGCCUCCUCUCCCACGUGCAGAACAUGACGUACCGCGCCGGGCGGCUGCGCGUGGAGCAGCCGGGCAAGUACUACGUGUACUCGCAGAUCUAUUUCCGCUACCGCGGCGCGGGCCGCGACUCGGGCCCUCAGCUCGUGCAGUGCAUCCAGUGGCAGCCGGCCCACAGCCCGCCCGUGCUGCUGCUCAAGGGCGUGGGCACCAAGUGCUGGGCGCCCGAGGCUGACUACGGGCUCCACGCGCUCUACCAGGGCGGACUCUUCGAGCUCAAGGCUGGGGACGAGCUCUUCGUCUCCGUCUCCUCCUUGGCCAUCGACUCCAAUGAUGCAGCAGCCAGUUACUUUGGGGCCUUCCGGCUCGACCUGUGACAGCCCCUCCGCUCCCACCCGGCCCUGGGACAGCGGCCACAGCCGGGGUGGCACAGGGCUCUCCUUCGUGGCUGCCUUGUCCUUUGUGGUGAGGGAUGAGCCAAGAAGCCCCACACCCUGCCCACAGGGCCCUGCUGUGCUCGGUGCCACCCUCCCUCCCCGUGGGAGGCAGCUCCUGGAGGCCUACAGGGGACAUGCACGAGGAGGGACAUCCUAGCCCUGCUGGCACAGCACCUUCCAACAGCUCCCUGCAGCAGGAAAGGCACCAGGGCCACAUCUGCCACUGCAAGACAAAGUGUCCCCGUGGCAGGGUGACACCCGUGAGUCUGACCCCACCUUGGGCAGGGCUGUGGGUGCCAGUACCGGGGGCUGGAAGCACCCUGGGGCACAGGGCUGGGACCCCUGGGGCACACCUUGUGGGGAUGGGUGCAGUGUCCGCCUCUGGAAGGGAAUGAAGGAGUUUCAGUUUGGGAGAUGAAAGCCUGGGGCAACAGCACCAGUGGUUGCAAGGAGGGCAAAGGGCAAGACCGUGACACCACAGCAGUCACCAGUCCUGGCACCACACCCGGCACGUGGCACUGGGGCACGUGGUGACCGAGCCAGGCUGCACAGGACCAGGAGCUCAGCACGGCUGCUGACCCAGCACCUCUUCCCGUGUGGAUUUUGUCCCCCCCAGCCCUCAUGGACAGCACAGUCCCCACUUCCUCACACCUCCAGCCCUGGCAAGCCCUGCAGGAUUCCAGCUCUGGAUGGGCUCCAUGGUCACAGCAAGACCUUGGAGGGACCAAACCAGUCCUUGGGUGAUGUGAUGGAGCCACUCCAGAGGCCAAAGGUGGGUUCAGGCAGGGCAGAGCAGGGCCCAGCUGGCUCAGCCCGUGGACACUGGGUGGGCACAGCCCCCUUUUCCAACCCCCCCUGUACUUUCUGUAUCCUACUAAGACUGGGGGGAUUCACACAGUGGCAGCGUGGGCUGGCACAGGUAUGGGGCUCCCAGGGAGGAUGGAAUAAAACCUUGUACUCCAGUACAGGUCUGGCCCCUUUGCACCCAGGGCGGGCCUGGAGCCAGGUUGAGCAGGGCUGGGGCACUGCCAGAGCUCCAGACAGAGCCCAGCAAAAUCUCCUGCUCAUCCUGCACCCACAGCACCUCCAGGGGCUCAGCAGCUGCCAGCCCCCACAGCAGUCCCAAGGGGAUGUGUUCCUGCUUCUCAACCCAGAGCCUUCAUUCCCAGCCUUCAUUCCCACUGGGCUCAGCUCCUGCAGAGACCCCUUGAGAUCUGAGCCCAUCCCAGCUCCUCUCCUGCACCCAUCAGCUCCCAGGGGUUCCCAGCUCCCCCUCUUUGAGUUUGGGAUUGCUGAGCCCAGCCCAGGACACAGCCAGGCCCCGGGGUCACUGAUGGGCUGUUCCUGGGCAGCUCCUGCCAUCCCUCCUGCAGCUUCCCAGGCCUGAUUCCAGUCCCCACAUCCAGCCAGGGCUGGGGGCUGAGCCAGGCAGUUCCCACAUCCCCCCAUCUCUCCAGCCCCCAUCCCCUGCAGGCUCCCAACCCAGGGGGGUUGGUACAACCCCCACAGGGCACGGUGCCACCCUGGCACCUGCACACAAGCACCUGGACGGGCCCCAGUGCAAGGGAAGAUUCCCCAGCUCAUCCAGAAUCUCCAAAAGCUCAUCCAAAGCCAGAGGGCACCAAGAGCAGCCUCCAAAGGGGUGACAAGGCUGAUACCCCCAUGGCAGGGCUGCAGGGCCCUGUUUUCCCAGUCCCCUUGGAGGGGUGGAGGGAGCUGAGCUGAGCCUUGGCUCUGCAGCACUUGGUCCUGGAGCACGCUGGGCUCUUGGCCAAAGCAAAACAAGCACUCCAAACCCCUCCAUUGUCAACCCAUCCCUUUUCCUCCACCUCUCAUCCCCACUCCUGCUGUCCCAACCACCUCGGUGACCCACAACAGGGCUCUUGAGGUCCUCAGGUCUCAAACGCCCCCGGGAGCAGGGAGCUGGGGUUUACAAGAAACGCAGCAGGGGUUCCCAGAUUUCCUUUGAAAAGGAGUUUAACGUGGACAUGGCCCAAGGGAGCCGGCAGGGGCUGUGGUUGCCAUGGAGGAAGCAGGGAAAGCAGGGAGUGGGGGGAGCCGGGCUCCGCGCCAGCGGGCAGUGGCCCACCCUGCUUUCCUGGAAAGGAGAAGGCUCGUGGGUGGGUGGAUGGGAGAAGGAGAACUCCAGCAGCAUCAGGGCAAAGAGCAGCCUCACCCUGUCUGGAGAGAGCCCAGCUGGAAUUCCUGACUGUGAGGAACUGGCACAGGUUACCCCGAGAGCCUCAGCAGCCCCUCUGCCUCCUCCAUCGUUCUCCCUGUCCCGGUGCUCCCAGCAGAAGGGCUGGACACCCCCAGCCUGGCCAGGGCUGGGCUCCCACCUGGACAAGUGGAUUGGCCACCAGGAGAACCCAGCAGCAAGAAAACCCUCCACAAAAACUGCCUGAGGCACCUGUGCCAACACUACCUGUCCCAGGACUUGCUCCAGGAAAGAAAGAACAAAGUGUGGAAAGACUUGGAUGAGGACACACCACUUUUCUCUGACUAAGGAAACAAAAUCUGCUGUGCAAAUGGAGCAAAGUAUUGAAGAUUUCUCAUACAACUUUUAUGUUAUGGUUAAAACUGUUUAUUAGAAAUUACAGCUCACUAUUUUA